GUAGGUAUAUACUGUGCCUAUUAGCUUAGGUUAGCUGCCUCGUAGUUAGGUAUUCUGCAAGGCAGAUUCAGGUAGGCUCUAGCCACCUACUUCAACGCCAGUCAGAGGGGUCUGACCGCGACAUGGAGCGCUUCAUGAUAGCCUCUAGCCGUCGGCUUUCAACACUUCGAACAGUCUCAAUCCGGCCCAAUGGGUGGGUUUGUCAGUCUUGCAGAGCUCGGGGAGCUGCGCGAUUGCGUUUCAGCACCAGCGCGAGCAUCAGUAGUAGCAACAGCGGCAAUCUCUCGCACCAGCAAAACGACAAGCCGUACUACGUGACAACUCCUAUCUUCUAUGUCAAUGCUUCCCCCCAUGUCGGUCACUUGUAUUCCAUGCUCAUCGCCGACGUCUUCAAGCGCUGGGAGGUUCUGAAGGGUCGGACAGCCUACCUGAGCACCGGGACCGACGAACACGGAAUGAAAGUUCAGCGUGCUGCCGAACUGCAGGAUCUUCACCCCAAAGCGCUCUGUGACGCGAACGCCGAGACGUUCAAGGACCUCGCGAAAAAGGCCAACAUCGCCAACGAUUAUUUCAUCCGCACCACUGAUCCCGAGCACCGCGAUGCCGUUGAGUUUUUCUGGGCGCGUCUGCGCGAGAAAGGGUACAUAUACGAGAAUAAGCACGAGGGCUGGUACUGCGUGAGCGACGAGACAUUUUACCCCGAGAACAUGGUUGAAAAGCGCGUGUCACCAAUAACGGGGAAGAGCUUUAUCGCCUCCAUUGAAACUGGAAAUGCCGUCGAGUGGACCGAGGAAAGAAACUACCAUUUCCACCUGACCGCUUUCCGUGAAAAGCUGUUGCAGUUCUAUAAGGAAAACCCGGAGUGGGUGGUACCGGCUGGUAGGUUUACAGAGGUAAUCAACUGGGUCGAGAAUAACCUGGAGGAUCUUUCCGUGUCCCGCCCCGCCAAUCGUCUGGACUGGGGCAUACCUGUGCCAGGCGACCCGAGUCAGACAAUUUACGUCUGGCUCGAUGCUCUCGUGAACUAUAUCACCACGGCGGGAUAUCCUCACUGGCAGCCCGGCUCUGAGCACACCGGGGGGUGGCCGGCCGAUGUUCACGUAGUUGGCAAAGACAUCGUCAGAUUCCACUGCAUCUACUGGCCAGCAUUUCUGAUGGCAUUAGACCUCCCUUUACCGAAGCAGGUACUUAGCCACGGCCACUGGCUAAUGAGCAAGCAAAAGAUGUCCAAGUCGGUUGGAAACGUUGUCAACCCGUUCUUCGCCCUAGAUCGCUGGGGCGUGGAUACCAUGCGAUACUUUCUGAUCUACAGUGGCCACAUCUCCGGCGACGCAGACUACAACAACGCCUUCAUUGUCGAGAAGUACAAAAAGGGGUUACAGGGUGGAUUGGGCAAUCUGCUUAACCGAGUCACGCGACCGAAGAAUUGGAGCGUUCGACAAGCCGUGGAAAACAUGGCACGAACACAAGGUUCGACAUUGUCCCCGGAAAUUGUAUAUCAUCGGAAGAUUCUAGGACGAGUCGUUGAAAAAGCGGACGAUCACAUGAAGGCUCUGAACCCCAGCUGGGCGCUGCAAGAUAUUAUGGACGUUGUCUUUGAUACGAACAAAUUCUUCACCGAACAAGCGCCCUGGGAAAGGAGCAAAGAAGGCGACAUGGUCGCCGUGGAACGAACGGUGUUCUUCACCGCGGAAUCGCUGCGCAUCGUGGGCAUUCUUCUGCAGCCUUUUAUACCGGAGAAGGCCUCUGAGCUCCUCGAUAGACUCGGCGUCGACCCGACUAGACGGAGGCUCGAAGACGCUGUGCUUAAUAGCGAUGAUUCCUAUGGUACUCCUAUGGUGCCUCUUGGUACGGGCGCGCAGGGCAGUCUCUUCCCGACCUUACCCGUUGAGGACUGAAGUAAUUCGAAUAGAAGGAAUAAUGCAUGUGCCUCGUGAGAUCGAGGAUGUAUCAUAGCAUGUUAAUUCAUGUAUAAGUAAAUUGAACUUGGUCACAUAGUAAUUUGUGCUAGGUUAGGUAUCAAUAUGUUAUACCACUCAAUGUAGAUCAGACCAAAUAUGCACUUCAAAAGACAUAAUCAUCUAUAUAAAGCGAUUGAAACCUCCCAUUCCACCUUUUCUACGGUGUUGUCACCGCUUCUUCGUUCGUUUUUC